UUGUCUAGUUUGCCCCUCUGAUUAUUGUCUCCCCUUCCCGCAAAUUCUCUGGCCAUCAAUGGCGACACCGAAUGCGAGCCAAAUCCUCUUGCCGAUUACCGCCUCUGGAAUUUCGCAGAGAUCUAGCACACAUUAUUCUUCAAAUUUCUUCUCCAGUAUUAAUUCCUUGCGUUUUUCCGGCGCCACUCCUUUGCGGCGGUGCAAUUCGACUGCGACGCUCUCGAGAAGGUUCUUUCUGCCUUCCGUCUCUGGGAUUUGGAACGUCUUAACCGGCGGCAACUCCGCCGCCCGAGAUGCCUCCAUGGCUAUUCGACGAGGGAUGCUUCUUUUCAGGCAGGGCGAUGUUCCAGGCUCCUUGGUGGAGUUUGACAAGGCUAUCGAACUCGAUUCUCGUCAGAGAGCGUAUCUUUGGCAAAGAGGAUUAUCUUUGUACUAUCUUGAUAGAUUUGAAGAAGGGGCAGAGCAAUUUAGAAUAGAUGUUGCACAAAACCCUAAUGACACCGAGGAAUCAAUUUGGUGCUUUCUAUGUGAAGCUCAAUUGUAUGGAGUUGACGAAGCCAGAAAACGAUUUCUGGAGGUAGGUGUUGAUCCCCGGCCCGUAAUGAGGGAUGCCUACAACAUGUUUAAAGAUGGCGGUCACCCCGAAAAACUUGUCGCUGCAUUUGCAAGUGAACGAGGGAGCCAAUACUUCUAUGCUUCUCUAUAUGCCGGGCUUUAUUACGAAUCCCAGAACAAACCCGAGGAAGCUAAAUUUCACAUUGUUGCCGCCUGUAAAUCCCCUUAUGGCUCGAGGUCUGAUGACUACAUGGCGUCUCUUGCCAAGGUUCAUUGUAGUUGCCGAGACUGGAGUUUCGGAUGAAACUAAAUACCGAAAAAAUCAAAUAUAUGUAGUUGGGGAGGUAGGGAUGUCGAUGAAUCAAGAAACAAUACAAUAGCGGAGAUAUCAUCCAUAGCUAUGCCUUUUCUCUUCUUCUUCCACGCCUGUGCCGCGCAAUCAACCACACACUUUGCGGAUUUUGGGCGGCUUGGAGCUGCCUCAACGAUCUUAACUGCUUCUUGGUUCGAUACAACAUCCCAUACCUUUGUUAGAAAGAAAAACAUAAGCAUUUUAGCUGCAAAUUAAAGGAUCGAUGCAAUCUUCGAUUACGACUUUAUAUUUAGUUAUAUAUACCCCAUCUGUUGCCAGUA